UUCCGCCCCAAAAUUGGCUUCCAUCAGCUUUAUAUCGUAAAUCUCACCUUCAUCUGUUUGGUUAUGUCGACUUAUACAUGAAGCAUCUAUGUGGUGUGACGACCGAUGUGCUUUAGAUUAUUCGAAAGAAACAUGGUCCGAUGGUUUACCUAAAGAACACCUGUGCGUUCCUGCUGUGCUAUCACGUAUUGCAAUGCUGGCUCUUAUUAGAAACAAAGUGUUAGAAUAUAUAGAUAUAAACGAUGCAAGAAGUAUUGCUAUUGAUGAUGAGUAUUCUGAAUUUAAAUUUAACAUAAAUGAAGUUGGCUUAUCAUUAUUGCGUUGCGUUCUAUGUGGAAUGAUGAAUGUGCACAAAUCAACAAUAUCUGUCAAACAAUUUGCUCCCAAUCACAGAUGGCUGGAGACUCUGAAAUGAUACUAAAGACUCAAGGAAUUUGGCAAUUCACGUCAUGAUUAUUGGUUGCUUGCUGGUAUACUUGUUCAUUUAUAUGCCAAUUGGGAUGAUAUACUGGCUGAUCCACGUUUCGUUAUAUUAAAAUUUGGAGUGUCUGGUGUAGUAGACACUGUGAAUAGACUUAUGAAUUCUGAAUUAACAACUGUACACCUGUACGUACUCCCUCAGGAGA